GAGAUAGACUGCCUAGCUUAGCUGCUAUAUAGACAGACCAGCAGUGUGUCAGAGCAUACUGUGUUCUACCUUAGGAGGAGGAGAUAGAAGGUAGAGGGAGGGAGGAGAAGAUGCAGGACUGGGCAGGCGUGUUCAUCCCUCUGGUGCUCUUCAUCCUGCUAUCGCCGGGGCUGCUGUUCCAGAUCCCCGGCAAGUGCCGGAUCAUCGAGUUCGGCAACUUCCACACCAGCGCCGUGUCCAUCAUCGUCCACUCCGUCAUCUUCUUCAGCUUCGCCGCCAUCUUCCUCAUCGCCGUCGGGGUGCACAUCGACCUCGGCCCCUGAACCGAACUCGGUGUUUCGUGUUUUCGCCAUCCAUCCAUCAGCUGAACAUGUAGCUGGGUUGGGUUCUCUGAAAGUUUUUAGGGUCUUGUUUCUGUCGGUUCAUGCAUAAUAGUGUCUCUCGCCUCGCUCGCCGUGUCGAUCGGCAAUGUCGCCGUGGCGACUGAGGAUGAAACUGCUUCUUUGCUUCUAGCUAGAUUCGCUUACCUCAAGAUAAAUAAAGCUCUGUUUCUGUGA